AUUCAGUGAUACUUCAUCAUCUUUAUCAUAAUGCUCUUCUCCGCAGUUGUCAGCGCUGUUCUUGUCAGCUCCGUCCUGUCAGCUCCACAAGCUCCCAAGGACCCAUUCCACGCUGAUUGCUCCGUAAAAUGGACUCUGUCCGAGAGUUGUGAUACUGUUCAACAGAAGAUCAUUGAUCAGAUGAUCGCCUGGGAUAAUGAGGACUGUGGAACUAAGCCUGGAGAUGAUAAACCCAACGGACAGAAAUGUUUGUAUAAGCACACAGGAUCCAACGGUGAAGUAACCGAGGGAACCCACACCACUCCAAUCCAUAGAUACGUGGACGAUCUCAAGUUCACAUUUAUCUCUGGAUCUGCUCCUACCUGUCUGGUUGAUGCUUACUCCCGCUCCCAAACCUUCUCCAUCCUGGACUACGGAACCAACUACUGUAACCUGUUCAACCUGAUGGACGGAUCAGGACUCGUCCUAGACCCUGAGUUCUCCGAGGAUACUAAUGAUGAUAUCUGUACCCAGAGAUCUUCAGCUGAUUGUGAUAUUUACAAGAAAUAAACUUUUAAUAAAGGAAUUUGUCGCGAUUUAAA